GCUCUUGCUGCCAACUUUGUCCUUCCCCGUUGGUGUUCGGCACAGAGCAAGGAGGGGCUCGGAGCAGCUGGGGAAUAGCAGCCAGGGCAGCCCGCAGCUGCAAUGCCAGGCCUGUUGCUCCAAAAGGUUGCCAGCCCCUGGCAUAGGUGCCGCACUGUUGAAAUCUCCACCAUAGCCAUUUAAAUUCUAGCUUGAGCACAUCUCCCACAGCUGAAAUUGCUGCAGCAGAGACCUUCCUCCUGGUCCGAUUCCAAGCGGAGCAUAGUAGCGCCGUUGUGCUCGUGAGAGGACCCCCCCACCACCCCCUGACCAGCAAGGCUGGGCUUUUAUCUUCAUCUCUCAUCAGAAACCCAGGAUUGAGUUGCCUGCUGCCGGCGUGUUAACUGCUGAAGCAAAGGCUCCCUGGGCCAAGCUGACCCAGCUCCAUCAGCCAGCGGAUUGUAACGGUAUAAGGCUCUAAUUGACCAGACAAACUUAAAAUCAUGCGUUUCCCCUUCGGGGCCUUAUGAUGUCUGCAGUGGAGGAGUACCUGCCCUAUUCCCAAUGUCUCUGUCUCCGCCUCGCUUACAGAGCAGUCUCUGUUCUACCUCAGGCCUUUAUCUCACCCCUUUUUCAAGCCCAGACACCGACUUACAGCUUUCCCUUAUCUCCUUCGUUUGCAUCGAGACGUCUUAAAUGUGCCUCCAUGGUGCGCCUCGCAACAGGUGCCGGGUUUCAGUUCUGCUUAUCAAAGCCGUCCAAAGCCAGCGAAACAUAAAGGUGCCUUUUUCUUCUUUGAGCCCCCAGCGCCACCGAUGUGUUUGCCCGGAGUUAUGAAAUCCUAUGCUUUAUCAAAUGCUGCUGGGAUAUUUCUAUGUGAAGUACUCAGAGCCUGAUUUCAGGGCUAAGCUGGCCUGGGCGUGAAGCUUUCUGGGAGUAGGGGCCAUACAAAGGCAACUUAACUUCAGUGCAAAGCAUUCGCUAGCAAAGCUACCAGGGGCCAAUGGGUGGAUGGACGGCUCAUCUCUCUGGGGCACUCAGUUUAGCACCUUCCACAGGUCAGAUUAAUAUAGGGAGUCCAGCGUCACGUCUUGGUGGCCGAGUCUGCCGAUGACCCCUAGCAGAGCCAGGCUCUCCCGGGCCCUGGUGUGAAGAUGUCUGUGCCCCCCGGCUCUGUGAUUGUCCCCGACUGGCUCAAAUCACCAGAGGGCAAAGAGCACCUGGCCGCCAUCCUGCGGAAGAACAAGCGGAAGGUCUUUGGACUGAUCGAAAGGCCAGUGCUGCCACCGCAGGUGGCCUCAGACACAGCCAGCUACAAGGUGUUUGUCUCGGGCAAAAGUGGAGUGGGGAAGACGGCGCUGGUGGCCAAGCUGGCUGGACUGGAAGUACCCAGCGCCCACCACGAAACCAUGGGGAUACAGACGACGGUGGUGUACUGGCCGGCCAAGCUGAGAGACAGUGGCCGAGCCAUCAUCUUUCGCCUCCAGUUCUGGGACUGCGGGGAAGCGGCACUGAGGAAGUUUGAUCACAUCCUGCCGGCCUGCAAGGAGAAGGCAGAUGCCAUCCUCUUCCUCUUCUCCUUCACCGACCGCUCGUCCUUCGAUGACCUGCCCGCCCAGAUCUCGCGUGUUGUGGGCGACACUGGAAGCCUCGUCAGGAUCGUUGUGGGCACCAAGUUCGACCAGUUCAUGCAUGCUGACGUCACGGAGCGGGACGUGGCCGAGUUCCAGCGCACCUGGCACCUGCCUGUGUUUCGGGCGCAGAGCGCGGCUGGGUCCCAGCAAGCGGGCAGGCGCACCCCGGACGCUGGCACUGGGCUGCGGGAGGUGGCACCCCUGCUCAACGGGCUGGCAGAGCACCUGUGGCAUCAGGACCAGGUGGCUGCUGGGCUCAUCCCAGCUCCCCUGCCCAGCCCAGAAGAGACAGGACCCUGCUGAGACACCCGGAGCUCCCUGGGUGCUGUCGCCAGGUGGCGUCGGAGGCCUUCACGAGGCGGCUGCAGUGGAGCUGAGCAGAGACCAGAGCAUCAGCAACAUCCUGGUUGUGCCCGUGAUGGCCAGGUGCCCAGUGCUGACUGUUCAGCCCCCUGGAAGGGUGUUUGCAGGUGGGGAUGUCCAUCCUGCCCUGUCCAUCGCAGGCAUCGAGUGUCCCUGGCUGGAUUCGAGAGGAAUUGAUACAGGCUUCACUGGACUUCUGCUGCUGGGGGCCCUGCCACCAGGCCUUGCGUGUUCCAGGCA